AUGCAGAAAAUUCGCUACACCUAUCGCGGCUACGAGUCUUGGCAGGCCUCUGAGCCCCAGCUCAAAAAGCUUAUCCAGGAUGACACUGGCGUUGAGUACUGGAUUGAAACCAGAUCCAUCCCUCCCAUGGGAAUUCCCCCAAGUCCCGUAAGCAAGGAUUGUGUUGAGAAACUGAAGGGAUUGGAUGGUGUUGAAGUCAAUGAGAUAGAGGAAGAUUAG